AUCGAUUGAGAAAAAUUGAUAACUUUUUUUUUAUAAAGUAGUAAAUGCUCCGCUACCGCAAGUUUUUCUGUUCUUUCGUGAAACUUGUUCGGUACGGUGCAUAAAAUAUGACGAGAUUGAGAUCAAUAUCCAUUCAAAUGAAGACCUCUGCCACCCUAUUGAUAACAUUCCUCUUCGCAAUCAAUCUAAACCCCAUCCACAGCGCCUCUUUCGAUGAACAAUUCGUCUCAUCAGAACACUUCGUCGAUAAAACACUUCUACUGGAGGAUUUUUUCAAAGAUGAAUCUCGAGUAUUCAUCAAUACUCCAUCAGGUUUCGGUAAAAGUACAAAUUUAGCCAUGAUCAGGAAAUUUUGCCAAAUGGAAUUCGUUGAUAAUAAUCAAACCCGCCUUAUUCAACCUACACCGUGGAACCAAACCAAUGCCUAUGAGCUUUUCAAACCAUUGAAAAUCGCCCAACGUGAAGAAAUUAUCUCAGAACACUUGGCUCAGCAUCCGGUAAUAUUUCUAGACAUGGGGCUGGAUAUCGAAAAAAAUACAAAAUUACCAAAUGAACGAGAUUUUUUCAUAAAUUACGGAGCCGCGUUAUUCUAUGCAAUAAAUGAUCACGAGAAUUUGAUAUCUAAUUUAACAAAAGGAGCAUUUGAAAAUGGAACAAUCGAAGCGCAAUUGAAGGAAAAUUAUUGUACAGAAUUGAACCUACUUUCUGGCAUCUUGCAAAGUGGUCGAGGUGAGGAGAGUUUCAUGAUCAUGUAUCACGAUUACAUUACCCAUCUCAGCAAAAUUCUACACCAAUAUUACAACAGAACUGUAGUAUUACUGAUUGAUAAUUACGAUUAUAUCGUCCAUAAAUAUCUCAUAGAUUCCCCGAUACGUUUAAAUAUCAUCAAAAGAGUUUUUGAAGAAGAUGUUGUGGGAUUAUCACGAAAUAUGUCUCAUGGAAUAGGAUACUUAAUGAUAACAAGUGUGACAAACAUAGGCAUCCACGAUUUCGAGCUCGAUAAAUACUUGACUACGUCAUUUUUCUACGACGAUCAUCUCUACACGUCUCAAUAUGGUCUGACUCAACAAGAAGUUAAUCAAUUGCUGGAAAAACACCAAUGCGAUGAGCUGCAGAAAUCCACCAUCGAUCAAUACUGCAACGGAUACGAGACCAAAACGAAAUACCAAAAGAUUUACAACACUUCUUGCGUCGUAGAUUAUUUCAAAAGCAAAGACUCGAUAUCGAAUAUCAAUACUUGGAUUGGACGUCAAAAGCCUAGUGGUCCGAGUAAUUUCAUAUGGAAAUUACUCAAAGAACCCGAAUACCUGGACGUGGUUUGUAAAUUGAUCAAACAUUGCUCAACAAGACACGGAAGUCAUGAAAUCCUUUCCUUGACAAAUUUCACCAAAGUUAUCGACAAUGAUUUCCAAGAACCUCAAUUCGCCUCGGGAGGGAACUGUUCCGCCAUUUCUUUCUUAAUCCAGCAAGGACUUCUCAGUCCAAUCAGAACCAGAAGCGCAUUUACCAUUUCAAAUCAACUAGCACAACUCCAAUUUUCAACUGACAUGCAAUAUUAUUACGAAAAAGUCGCCAAUAUCGAUCUGACACUAGUAGGUUCUCAUUUAUACGAUAUUUUCCUUUCGUUAAAGGCAAACACGACAGUAAAGCAAGACCUGAGUGAAUACCUCACAAAAGCAUUCAACGAGCUGAAACCUUUGAACGUGAGCAACUUCAACACCUCGAAAUCCGUCGAAGUGACGCAGAAAUUCGUACAUCAGUCGAUUAUCCAUCUUGGAGCAUUGACCAAUCAAUAUUUAAAGGUCAUUGAAGACUAUCCGCAACCAAUAACUUACGAAAAAACUGUGAAGAAUGCGGAUAGAAGAUGUGUUACUUGCAUAGUGCAUCGCAAUAUCGCGCUGAUUGUUAAAACUUCGGAUACCAGUGGGUUUAAAAUUGCUGAAGAUAGAGCUCACCGAUUUUAUAACUAUUCGCAGCCCGAUAUCGAUCACGUGUGGUAUUUGAUUAUUCAUACAGAUGAUCAAAAACAAGUGUCGACUCAUUUUAGUAAGAAAUUGAUCCAAAAUGUGACCGGUUCCAAGUCUAACCGAACGAAAAGGAAUCAAACAAAACUCACAACUCUGCCGUUGACUAUUGUGACAAAUUUCAGUAGCACAAACCAAACGCAACUCACAGCUCUGCUGUUGACUACUGUGACAAAUGUCAGCAGCACCAACCAAACCAAACCCACAACUCUGCCGUUGACUAAUACCGUGACAAAUUUCAGUAGCACGAACCAAACCAAACUCACAACUCUGCCGUUGACUAUUGUGACAAAUUUCAGUAGCACAAACCAAACAAAACUCACAACUCUGCUAUUGACUACCUUGACUAAUUUCAGUAGCACAAACCAAACAAAACACACAACUCUGCCGUUGACUACCGUGACAAAUUUCAGUAGCACGAAUCAAACAUUAAAACUCACAACUCUGCCAUUGAUUACUGUGACAAAUUUUGGUAGCACGAACCAAACAAAACUCACAACUCUGCCCCUGACUAUUGUGACAAAUUUCAGUAGCACCAACCAAACCAAACGCACAACUCUGCCAUUGACUACCAUGACAAAUUUCAGUAGCACCAACCAAACCAAACCCACAACUCUGCCAUUGACUACUGUGACAAAAUUCAGUAGCACAAACCAAACGAAACUCACAACUCUGCCGUUGACUACUGUGACAAAUUUCAGUGGCACGAACCAAACAAAACUCUCAACUCUGCCAUUGAUUACUGUGACAAAUUUUGGUAGCACCAACCAAACCAAACUCACAACUCUGCCGUUGAAUACUGUGACAAAUUUCAGUAGCACGAACCAAACAAAACCCACAACUCUGCCAUUGACUACCGUGACAAAUUUCAGUAGCACAAACCAAACAAAACCCACAACUCUGCCGUUGACUACUGUGACAAAUUUCAGUAGCACUGUCAAUGGGUCUUGUCAAUAGGAAUUUUAAAAUUACUAUCACAUACUUUCACAGAUUACGAACCAUGAUCAUGGGAUCAGAGAUGAAAUCACGAAGAUGUAUCCGUAUGGGUUUAGAUAGAUGCUGAGUUUUAUGGAAGUAUCAAGUAGUAUUUCGAAAUGUACCUACUUAGUAGGUACCUAUUUACUGCAAAAAUAAUAAUGUCUAAUGUCUCGACUUAAUAUUGUAAAUAAAAAUCAAUUAGGUAUGCAAAUAAUUUAAUUCAAGUGUUUUUUCAAGAACGACAUUCGACGCAUCUAAUUUUUAAGUAUUUUUCAUAUAGGCACCUAUCUGUAUACUUUAAUUUCUCACAAGCAUAUUUUUGUACUUGUACCUACCUCUUGCAGCAUAAAGAAUCCAAUUUCAUUCAACA